AUGUACCACCCACGGGAGUUGUACCCCUCCCUGGGGACCAGCUACCGCCUGGGCCUCCCGCAGCCUGGGGCUGACUCCAGCGUCCCGCCUGCCUUGGCCGAAGGCUACCGUUACCCUGAUCUGGACACUCCCAAACUGGACUGCUUCCUCUCUGGACUUGAGGCUGCACCCCGCACCCUGGCCGCACCCCCGCCUCUGCCCCCUCACCCCCCAGUCCUGGGCACUGACCUGGCCACCCCAGCCCCAGAGGCCCUUCACUCCCUCCCUGGGGUCAGCCUGAGCCUGGAGAACCGGGACCUGUGGAAGGAGUUCAACUCCGUGGGGACCGAGAUGAUCAUCACCAAAGCCGGGAGGCGCAUGUUCCCGGCUUGCCGAGUGUCAGUCCUGGGACUGGACCCUGAGGCCCGCUACCUGUUCCUUCUGGAUGUAGUCCCAGUAGACGGGGCCCGCUACCGCUGGCAGGGCCGGCGCUGGGAGCCCAGUGGCAAGGCAGAACCCCGUCUGCCAGACCGCGUCUACAUUCACCCCGACUCGCCCGCCACUGGCGCCCACUGGAUGCGGCAGCCUGUGUCGUUCCACCGAGUCAAACUCACCAAUAGCACCCUGGACCCCCACGGCCAUCUGAUCCUGCACUCAAUGCACAAGUACCAGCCCCGUGUACACCUGGUGCGAGCCACCCAGCUGUGCAGCCAACACUGGGGGGGCGUCGCCUCCUUCCGCUUCCCAGAGACCACAUUCAUCUCUGUGACAGCUUACCAGAACCCUCGGAUCACACAACUGAAGAUCGCAGCUAACCCCUUCGCCAAGGGUUUCCGGGAGAAUGGCAGGAACUGUAAGAGGGAGCGAGAUGCCCGCGUGAAAAGGAAACUCCGGGGCCCAGAGCCAGUCGCCACAAAGGCCUAUGGGAGCGGAGAGGCCUCCAGUGGUCCCUGCGACUCCACACUGGGUGGGGAUGUCCGUGAGUCAGACCCGGAGCAGGCUCCAGCUCCCCGAGAAGCUGCCCUGGCCCCUGCCCCGCACUGUGGUGGCCCCAGUGCCGAGGCCUACCUCCUGCACCCUGCCGCUUUCCACGGGGCCCCUGGCCACCUUCCAACCAGGACCCCCAACUUCGCUGAGACUCCAGACUCUGGGCGGCCAGCCCCCUACUCCGCUGGCUUUUUAGAGCUGCAGCCUGGGCCAGGGGGCGCAGGGUACUCUGUGGCUCCACCCAUGGCACCCUUUGCCCCCCCUUUUCUCCAGGGGGGCCCUUUCCCUAUAUCCUUCCCAGGGCCUGGGGGUUACCUGGAUGUGGGUGCUAAACCCAUGUAUUGAGCACCUACUGACACCCCCCCACCCCCUAGUUGGCUUCAUCCCAAACGGCCAGUUCCCCUGCCCCCAGCUUGGUAGCUC